AUGGACGACAUUGAGAUGCCGGAUGCUGAUGACAGCAAUGAUUCAGAUGUCGAUUCCCUGGCAUCGACAGCUCCAAGUGAACAGUGUUCAGCAUAUGAGGUUGAAUCAAUCCUUGCAGAGCGCAGGGAUGAAGAUGGCCCUGAGUACCUUGUGAAAUGGGCUGGCUAUAAUAUUAAUCGCUCAACCUGGGAACCGUUUGACAGUUUUGACUCAGAGGAGACAUUGCGGGACUGGAACAAGAGAAAGUCCAAUAUCCAAAAAGGAACAGAAGCCGCCUUUGAUGUUGCCCUCUUUGAAAGACAACAAGAUGAAGAGGAAGCUCGCAAGGAAGAGCGGCGCAAAGCUCGACUGGCAAGACGCAACAAGGCUGCGAAACGCAAUCGUGGUCAUACUCCGGAAGAUUCUGACAAUCGUCCUAUGCUGGAAGAUCCCCAUCCAGAGAGUCUCCCCUCAGCAAUGAUAACUAUUUCCUCCCCAAAGCUCAAUAAUAGUCCUGCAUUACUUCUGGACUUUCAUCACGAGAGGGAGCUUUCAGUGAUGUCCACAUCCUCGACAUUGUUUGUACAACAAGAGCCAACCCAAAAUAAGAAUGUAUCCUCAUCCUUACUUGGGAAUACAUCAGGUUCUGCACCUCGGCCCCCUUUACUGUCUGCAAUCCCAGAAUCGCUCCAGAAGAAGGUUACAUCCUCCCUACGCGACAACAAAUCAGGUUCAGGGUCUCGGCCUCCCUCAUCAAAUGAGCCUUCGACAUUGAAUCGUCGGCAAAGCACUAGUGUUGGACCCAAAGAGCAGCAAACUUUAUCAACGAGAAAGCCAACUAUUGCUACAGGUAGCCACCUUCCACGAAAUGGUGAUGCUUCGCAAGAUAAAACAUCGGAACCAGUUGGGAAACAGGCUCCAGUGCCUUCAGUGCUUGCAUUGCCUGCAGUAACAGCCGUGACUUUCUCUGGCUUUGGCAUCGGUCGGCCUAUUAUUGCUCCGAGAGGCAAGACAGCUCGUCGUGGCAGGUUUCCGGUACGGCAAGUACACGAGGUGAACCGAGUGCCUGAUCCUUCUGCUCUCUCCAUCAUGCGGCCAGGCCCUGAAAAGACCGAUUGUGGUCCUAUGCGAGUGUAUGGAACACCACUUGCGGUUUACGAACCGCUUUCCAAGCUCAAAUCGGGCCCAACGACUGAAAUGUGGUUCAAGGAAGAGAUGACUGCGGGAGAUUUUGCUUUCUUUCAAGACAGUCGGUCAAUCAAUCACAGACCUCUGUGCCACGCUUGGUUGGAAGGGUUGAAAGAUGCCAAUGCACCCUUAUUCCGUAAGAUGGAUUCUCUACGGAAUAACGGCCGUGUUGCAAUUUUCCGGUUAGGCAAUAACUCACAAAUUUGGAUGGCCUAUUCGCCGAAUUCCGAGGACGUUAACCGAAUCAUCAACCCGCACUCAACCGACCAUCCAACUGGCCCUGUCAGCUUCACGGUUCUUGGCGUCCCUAGUGCAUCUUCGGAUCCCAGACGCCAAAUUCUGGAACACCACGGAAUAUCGGACAGCCGUGUUGGAACAGGGAGUACUGAGGCCCCAGCGGUCCCAAUCGAAUCUUUAAGUGCCCCCCGGCGCCAAAUUCUGGAGUUUCAAGGAGAAUCCAACGACAGUGCCGGACAAGGAAGACUUGAAGAAUUGAGCAGUAUGGAUAUGGAUAUUUCUCCAACCGAUGCGGCUCCAGCGACCAUCGACAGUAUUCAUAAUACAUCUGCUAAAACCAGGGCAGCGUUCUUUGAGGGAAAGGGCAUUUCCAUCGAUACAUUGGCCCUCUCCAAAGAUGGCAAGCCUGUGGGGGCUUUCUACUUACACUUCCCUGCGCACGCAGACCAGGAGCUCUCUUUGAUCGAGGCUUGGCUCCAAGACCAUAAAAUGAAAUUCUGGUCGAGUCGUAGUUAUCCAGGGGACUGGGAUUUUCUCGUUAAUAACAUCAGGCGUGGAGCAGUCAUUUUUCAUGAAGAUUAUAUUGAGAUUGAAACUCUUAGACCCAGGAUCCGAAACCUCCUGACAGCGGAAUGGAACUUCUGGACUAUCAACCUUUCGAAAAGCAUUUGCUUUAUUGAUCAAACAUUACACCCACAGGACAGGCAUUUUCAGGCGAUAUUCCCCUGGGGCACUGCUAUUCUAGUGACCGAGGUCGUCUUCAAGGAAAUUUCACAGAUGGCUAAGAUAAUCACUUGGCUCAUGCUGCACGACCCAUAUGACCCAAAGCUUGGUCCUCUCCACUUGUUCCUCCCACCCAAUGCUAAAGAAAUAGUCAAAGCUGCUCAGGAUAAGUCUGACCUCACUUUUGAUUAUGUCGACCUGGGGAUUGUCAGCUUGGCAUGUGAGCAAUCACACCAUGGAGAGGGCAUAGCCAUGCACCACCUCCGCAAUACGAUUGACACGAUCGAUAGGAACUGCAUUGAUAAUUCCGUUUCUGGGAAGGAAGACUCAAGUGUUCCUUUGGAUGAGCAAAAAGAUCGACUAGUCGAAGCGUUCGCAGGGUUGACUCUUUAUUAUAAAACACGGAUUCGGAAGUCGUUUAUUAUCGCUGAUGCCGGAGAAGAAAGGACAGGAAUACGGCCGAAAUGGGGUCAUGUAAGGGUGCUUGGCUACGACGAGUUUUUCAGAGGAUUUCUGGAGACGGAAGACUCUAAGAUCAGAAAAUAUAUCGCUAGAAAGGUACAUGAGUGUGUCGAUGAAUGGCACUCACAGCACCCAAAGCUUACACAUUUUAGUACCAAAAAUGUCUGCCGCCCCCUCCACGAGAAGAAACUCCUCGAGCCGCCCCACGAAUAG